AUCAGAACGUACAAUUUCAACAAUAACUUUGGAUAACGUGCAUAAACUCAAAUGUCUCAAAUUCUAUCAUAUUAUGAUUAAUGGGUUUUUCGAGAUGCCUUAUAGACAGAUAGUGGAAUAAUCUUUACAUCAUUUUUUUACUUUUGAAAAAUGAAAAUACAAUUUCAAUGGUUUUCAAUGGUUAUAAUUAAGAAAAACUAUUUAGAACCAUCUUUAAUUGGGCCAAGCCUUUAGACCCAAAAAUUUUCAUCUUAAGUUUAGCUUAUAGCCCAACCCAAGCUAGUACUAGUUUUUUUUUUUUUUUUUUUUUUUUGAGAGAGCAGUACUAGUUUAAACCAGAGAGUGGUAAAUGCCGCCAAUUUAGAAGCAACCCAUGAAUGAUUAAUGACUAUGAAGCGCGAAAUAGCAAAGCUAGUUUCUGAUGGGUUCUUCAAAGAAGCCAUUUCUUUAUAUUCUCAAUGCCACUCAGCCUCACUCCCUCCUAACAAAUUCACCUUCCCACCACUCCUCAAAGCCUGUGCCAAGCUCAAAUCACUUCCACAGGGCCAAAUCCUCCAUACCCAUCUCAUCAAAACCGGUUUUUCUUCACAUGUUUACGCAGCCACUUCUCUCACUGACAUGUACAUGAAGCUGCAUCUCUUACAUGAUGCACUCAAAGUGUUCGAUGAAAUGCCUGAGAGAAACCCAACUUCAUUCAAUGCUGUAAUUUCGGGGUUUUUGCAAAAUGGGUAUUCUAGAGAAGCAUUCUCGGUGUUCAAACAAGUGGGGUUUGGAACGUUCAGGCCAAAUUCGGAGACUAUAUCUUGUUUGUUGUUGGCAUGUGAAAGUGUUCGACAUGGCAUGGAAAUGCAUUGCUGGGCGAUAAAGUUGGGGGUUGAGACAGAGGUUUAUGUUGCAACGUCAAUUGUGACUAUGUAUUCGAAUUACGAAGAGUUGGUUUCAGCUACAAAGGUGUUUGAAGGAACACGUAAUAAGAGUGUAGUAAGCUAUAAUGCUUUUAUUUCGGGGCUUUUGCAGAAUGGUGUUCCGCAAUUGGUUUUGGAUGUGUUUAAGGACAUGAGGGAAUGUUCAGUUGAAGUACCAAAUUCGGUUACUUUUGUUUUGGUUCUUUCUGCAUGUGCUACUCUUCUGUAUCUUCGAUUUGGUAGGCAAGUUCAUGGAUUCAUCAUGAAAACUGCAAAAGAAUUCAAUGCAACACUGGCAACUGCGUUGGUAGACAUGUAUUCCAAGUGUGGCUGUUGGCAUUUAGCAUUUGAUGCAUUCAAAGAGCUUGAUGGAAUCAGGAACUUAAUAACAUGGAAUUCGAUGAUUUGUGGUAUGAUGUUGAAUGCUCAGAGUGAGAAUGCUGUUGAGCUAUUUGAACAGUUAGAAUGUGAAGGAUUGGUACCUGAUUCAGCAACAUGGAAUUCAAUGAUUAGUGGGUUUUCACAACUAGGGAAAGGAGUUGAAGCUAUUAAGUACUUCAAGAGAAUGCUAUCUGCUGGCAUAGUCCCAAGUUUAAAGUCUAUCACAAGCCUUUUACCAGCCUGUUCGGAUUUGUCUGCUCUGCAGUGUGGAAAAGAGAUUCAUGGGCAUACAAUUAGAACUGAUAUUAGUAGUGAUGAGUUCAUAGCCACUGCACUCAUUGACAUGUAUAUGAAAUGUGGAUAUCAUGAUUUGGCACGAAGAAUUUUCGAUCAGUUUGAUAGAAAGCCUGAUGAUCCUGCAUUCUGGAAUGCAAUGAUAUCUGGUUUUGGAAGAAAUGGAGAGAACGAAUCUGCAUUUGAAAUAUUUGACCGGAUGCGAGAAGAAAAGGUACAACCAAAUGCAGCAACUUUUAUUAGCGUGUUAUCUGUAUGUGGUCACACUGGUCAGGUCGACAAAGGAUGGCAAGUUUUUAGGAUGAUGAGUAAAGAUUAUGGCUUGAAACCAAAACCAGAGCACAUUGGUUGUAUGGUUGACCUUUUGGGUCGAUCUGGGCAGUUGGGUGAAGCUCGAGAACUAAUACAAGAAUUAUCACAUCCUUCUGCUUCUGUUUUUGCUUCUUUGCUUGGUGCUUGUAAGUAUCAUUUAGAUUCUGAAGUGGGGGAAGAAAUGGCUAUGAAGCUUGCAGAAUUAGAGCCGGAAAAUCCAACUCCUUUGGUGAUCCUGUCCAAUAUAUAUGCUGAAUUUGGAAGAUGGGGGGAUGUCAAAAGGAUUAGGGGGAUAAUGAACAACAAAGGAUUAAGAAAGCUCCCUGGCUCUAGCUUAAUAGGAGAAAUGUGAAAGUACAUAUUCAGUACUGAUUGAACAGACAGUAAAUUGUUCUCCGGCCAAAAACCGGAUUUUGUUACA